UAAAAGCGUGGCUGUGUGUAGCUGGAGAGAGUCGCUGUGGCGAUGCCGAGCCCCGGAUCUUCCUUCAGUAACCGCCGGCCUGAUCUCUGCUGCACAGUGCGCAGUGUAAGCGCCGUCAACACAGUGGACUAGUUCACCUGCGGAGUAGACAAACAUACGACAGACGAUUUGGAUUCGAUCUGUCAUUGUUUACUAUAGGCUAAAUGUGGCAGCCGGCAGACGGAACUUUACGCAGGGAAACAGCAGGUGAGUCUCCGAGGCUACACCUGACGGAUAAUUCACCUCGCUGGAUUUGAAACCAGUUUGUAUUCUCCUCCCAAGUCCACUUGUUGAUGGGGCACUAUAAAGGCUAUCCCAGCAGUCACACCGCGGUGAUAUAGCCUACUUAUGCGUAAAUUGGAUAAAACCCUGUCCGACGGCAGGGCCAAAGAAGUUUUAAAUGGUCCUGUUUUGUGGCAGAUGGUGGUGAUGUUUGGCGACCGGUAACAGCUCGCGUCAUCAGAUCGUAUUACACAGGCUGCCACCGGGGUGAGGUGCGGCAUGGGGAACCAGAUGGACAAGCUGUCACAUUUAAGUUACGCAGAAGUUCCCACAGUGGAUCCGAACGGCGUGGACACGGAGGAAGGUCCGCGGAUCGGCGUCUCCUACAUAUUUUCUAACGACGACGACGACCUGGAGGAAGGCUGCGCGGUCGAUGGCACCGAUAAGGACCCGAAUCAGGAAGAGAAACCGUACGACCAGCGCGACGAGGUGGAGUGCGCCGUCUACAACAGAGAUGAAUGCAUUUACGAGAAGAGCGUCAAGUCCGCCAACCUGGAGGUUUACUCCCCGGAGAAUCUACUAAACAAAUGUAAAGCAGGGGACCUGGUGGAGUUUGUUGCUACCGGUCAGUUCCCGCACUGGGCUGUGUACGUGGGGGACUUCCAAGUGGUACACCUGCACAGAGCCGAGGUGAAAAACAGCUUUUUGACAGAUGCAAGUCAAGGGAGGAGGUGUAGGGUUGUGAACGACUUGUACAAAUUCAAAUCUCUGGGUCCGGACAUGGUGGUGCAGAACGCGAUGGAACAAGUGGGCUUAAAGGACCGAGAGCUGAGCUGGAGGAACUCCGAGUGCUUUGCCGCCUGGUGCAGGUUUGGCAAGAGGGAGUUCAAGAUGGGUGGGGAGAUACGGAUAGGCAAGCAGCCCUACAGGCUGAAAAUAUUCAUGUCCGAGAAACAUUCGCACAUGUUAGAGUUUCAGAGUUUGGAGGACAUGAUCAUGGAGAAGAGGAGGAACGAUCACCUGGGCAGGACAGCCGUGUUGCAGGAGCUGGCCACUCACUUCAGCAGCGUGGAGGAGAUCAAAAGUGAGCCAGGCGCUGACUGAUGGCUGCCCUUAUACUGCUCUCGAAAAAAAAUUGAUUUGCAAGUAGAGUAGCCUUUAUCGAACAUUAACUGUUACACCCUGCUUUAAUCUAUAGCAAGCCUUCACUCCUUCGUUUUAUUUUUAAUUGGGGCACACAUAUCACUAUUUCUACUCGAAUAUUGUCAUUUUAAUUGUUUUCACGCGAGUCUAUAGGCUAUCACUGUAAUUGCCUUAAAGCCACAAUCACCAUCCUCAGAUGCUUAAUGGCCUAAGCAAUUAUGAAUAACAUUUUUGGGGAACAUUUUUUAAUUUGAUUGAAUUAGUUGAUAGGCCUGUUUGUAGCUCCAACAGCCCCUCCACAAAGAAUGUAUAGCCUAGUUUUAUAAAAGCUUUACACAUUUGUCUUAAACUGUCAUGAUUGUGAGGGGCUGAUGUUCUAUUCAUGGUGUGUCCUGUUAUUUGAUCCUUGUGUGGUUUAACUUCAUCCCUCAGCUCACCCAGACGGAGCAGCUCGCUGAAUACAAGACGGAUUAUUUC